AUGUGCCAGAAGUCUGGGCUGGCUCUGUGGUAUUUCACACAACAUUUGACCUGUGGUUUUGGUCUUGCAGGGAUAGACAGUCGAUACAAUGAAGGCUGCAGGGAGCUGGCAAACUACCUUCUCUUUGGCUUGUACAACCAGAACAACAAUGACUUUGAGAGGACAGGCUUUCCUGAGGAGGUGCUUGAUGAACUGUUUUCCAAAAGGAUGAUUUCCGUUGGCUUCGGUGCCGUCGCCGCCGUGCUGGAAUUUCUAAUGCAGGGAUAUGAAGACGAAGAAGCCGCGGAGGAAUUCAAGAUCUCCAGCUUUGUGGACAUGGUGCGGGACUGCAGCCGGAUCGGGAUUCCCUACAGCUGCCAGGGUCACCUGCAGAUAUUUGACAUGUUCAUCGUGGAGAAGUGGCCGAUCGUUCAGGCCUUCGCUCUGGAGGGGAUCGGGGGCGACGGCUUCUUCACCAUGAAAUACGAGNUGAUGGAUGUCAGCGUUGAUUUGUGGAAGACCUACAGCAAAAUGGAUCCUGUUUCCUUGGAGGAUUUGCUCUUUGAGGAUUUAAUGAUUUUUGAACGCCAGUGGACCAACUUUUUUGCUAAUUUUGACACCGAAAUUCCCUUCAUUCUGGAGCUCUCGGAAUCUCAGGCAGGGGAGCCCUUCAGAAGUUAUUUCAGCCAUGGCAUGAUCUCAAGCCACAUAACAGAUAACAGCCCCAGCCGGCAGCCCUUUGUCCUGUUUGGCAGCCACUCCACCAAGGAAAACCUGAACUCUGGUAACUUUAAUUUUCCAUCAGAAGGACACCUUGUUCGGAACACUGGCCUUGGUGGGAGCACUGCCAAGCACAUGGUAGUGCAGUGUGUGUCUCCCAAGGGACCUCUGGCUUGUUCAAGGACCUAUUUUUUUGGGACCAGUCACGUUCCUUUCCUGGGAAACGACAACGAGGUGCACAAGGAAGCUGAUCAAGUUGCUCUGUUGUCGCAAAUCUAUUCUGCUGUUGUAGAGGCUGUGCUUGCUGGCAUUGAGUGCUAUGCUAAAACUUCCACUGAAUCCAAGGCAAAGGAGGUGGCAGAGCAGGUGCUCAUGGCUGUGUUAGACACCCUUUGCUUGACACAGCUCAAAUCUGCUUUACGCUCCAAAAUUGCUUUUCAAAUUCAGGCUGUGAACAAUCAUGGAAGAAUUACCCCGUUAGAUAACGAGGACAGCCUGAGUUUGAUCAAAACGGCGUCCAUGAUGGUGUUUGACAUUCCCGACUUGCUCACGGGAAGAGGAUGUUUGGGAUCUGUUGUGUUUUCAGAGUCCUUUCUGACAUCACAGAUACAAGUCAAAGAAACAGAUGGCAGCAUUGCUCCAGAAACCAGCCACGUUGUCCUGACUGCAGGAAUCCCGAGGUUCACAUCCUGGCUGGUUGAAGACAGUGAUGUGAAACUCUCUGAAAAGGCACAGCAGGCGUUGAAGGAGGAUAAAUCUUUCCUGGGCACUUUACUCACUGGAGGGGAUGGAGUGUAUCUUUGUUCCAGCAAUCCACAGGCCAUGCCUGCAGAAGGUAAACUGUACUUCUUUUCUGAUGGCAUCCUCUUUGCUCAUCCCCACCACGGCAGCAUUUCCAUCUCCAAGAAGCACAUGAGUUCCAUCUCCCUCUAUGAUGGGGAUUCGAACAGUGUUGUUGCCGCUCUCUUCAUAGACUUCAAAAGUUCCCUGCUUCCUCACCUCCCAGUUGAAUUCCAUACCCAGAACAACUUCCUGAUGAUUGCACUUUUCCCCAAAAGAAAGAUUUACAAAGCUUUUUACUCACAGGUUUUCUCCUCGUGGCAAAACCAGACAAGCUCAGGAUUAUCUUUAAGGGUUGUCCAGGAAGAAUUCCUGUCUGUGGAACAGAAGAGAAUGCAUUCCAGUGUUCAGAAGCUCUUUAAUGCCUUGUCUUUUCCUUCUGGGGAAAGAUGCAGGGAGCUGAAAUUAUCCUCUGCCCUUCCAGAACUGGAGAGGUUUGUGAGGCAUUUCACCAUCAGCAGCGUCAGCAACAAGCCAGUGGUGAGGGCACAUCUCCCUGUUUUGUUGCAACAGUCAGAAACCACUCCUGAGAGCAAAGCAGAGAGUGAGAAGGUGAUCAUCACCAUCCUCACUGGGCUCCCAGGAUGUAGUUCCAGUGAUCUCUGUGCUUUCCUCGUCACCUUUACCAAGGAGUAUGGAAGGUGGAUUGUUUACAGGCAAACCAUGGAUAGUCCAGAAUGUUUCAGUGCCACCCACUUCCAGAGGUACCUGUCCGGGGUCCUGGAGGCUCAGCAGAACCUCGGGGGCCGUCAGUCCAUGUUCUCCAAAAAGAACAAGAGGCUCCUGGUGGUCCUGCAGGGAUACACUGACGUUAUUGAUGUUGUACAAGCUCUGCAGACUCACCCUGACCCGGAUGUGAAAUCUUCCUUCCUCAUUGGGGCAGUGAACACCUGUGUGGAGCCCCUGAGCUGCUACAUGGAGCACAGGCUUCUUUUUCCCAAGUUCUUGGACCAGUGUUCCCAAGGACUAGUGAGUAAUGUGGUUUUCACAAGUCAUGCUACAGAGCAGAGACAUCCCCUCCUUGUGCAGCUGCAGGGCCUGAUCCGAGCAGCAAAUCCUGCUGUUUCCUUCAUCCUGGCAGAGAAUGGAAUUGUAACAAGGAACGAGGAUAUUGAAUUAAUUCUCUCAGAAAGCAGUUUUUCAAGUCCUCAGAUGAUGAGAGCUCGAUAUUUAAUGUACCCUGGCUGGUACGAAGGCAAAUACGGGGCUGGGCCCGUGUUCCCCCCCAUGGUGCAGAUCUGCGUGUGGUUCAGCCGCCCCCUGGAGAAGACCCGAUUCGUGACCAAAUGCAAAGCCAUUAAGUCGUUGCUCAAGCCAAGCCCUUUUUCUGGGAACAUUUAUCACAUCAUGGGCAAAGUGAAGUUUUCAGACUCUGACAAAGUGAUCGAGGUCUGUCACAACACCUCGUCCAAUUCCCUGAGCCUGCUGCCUGUCCAGGAGGGGCCAACUCCUCCUGACUCCAGAAAUGAUCCCAGAGACUGCAGCAGUCAACAGGAAUACUUCCUUGUGUUCAUUGGCUGCUCCCUGAAGGAAGAGGAUAUCAAAGAUUGGCUCAGAGAAACUGCAAAACAGAAACCUCAGAGGAAAGCCCUGAAAACCAGAGGAAUGCUGACCCUUCAGGAAAUAAAGAACAUUCACGUGAAACGUCACUUGGAUCCGCUCCCAGCUGGUUAUUUUUACAACGGGACUCAAUUUGUGAACUUCUUUGGUGACAAAAUGGAUUUUCAUCCCUUAAUGGACCAAUUCAUGAACGAUUACCUGGAAGAAGCCAACAGGGAGAUCGAGAAGUACAACAGGGAGCUGGAGGAGCAGGAGUACCACGACCUCUUUGAGCAGAAGACAUAAAGCACGUGGGUCCUGGGGGUUUCCAAACCACCCAAAAUGCUCUUUGUCCUUGCUGGGUCACUAGAAUUCGAGGGAAUUGUCUGUUUGUUCAGCACUCCUUUCCAAACUAAGAGAUCAUUCCUGUAAGGUUGGCGUUUAACACGGGAUCUGCUUAGCUGUGUGUCCUGUCAGGUUUGCUUCCACUUCACCUGAAUUCCAGACUGUCCAAAGCAUCACCUGGAAUCUCUGGGGGGGGGGGUUGUGGGGACUUGUUCAAAAGAAGAACGAGAAGAAGAAGAAAAAGAA